CCGCUUUUUUCGGCCUUCCGACUGCUAGCUUUGCUUUGCUCCCCCGCGGGUUGCUGUGCGUUCAAAGUUGCUCGUCUUUCUGAGCGCCGAGAGCGAACAAAUGACUUUUGUGCGGGUCACUUAGAAAAUUUGUCAAGUGUUUACGAGCGCGAGGCCCACAAAGCUGGUCGCCAUGAGGAGUAGGAGCAACUCGGGCGUGAAACUGGACAACUAUGCCCGGAUCGUGCAGCAAACUAUCCUGCAGCACCAAGAUCCCGUCACGGGCCUUCUCCCCGGAAGCAGCGAGCAGCCGGACGCUUGGGUCCGGGACAACGUUUACAGCAUCGUGUCCGUGUGGGCGCUCAGCCUGGCCUACAGGAAGAACGCCGACAGGGAUGAAGACAAGGCCAAGGCCUACGAACUGGAGCAGAGUGUGGUGAAGCUAAUGAGGGGAGUCCUGCAGUGCAUUAUGAGGCAGCUGGACAAAGUGGAGCGGUUCAAGUACAGCCGCAGCACGUCCGACUCGCUCCACGCCAAGUACAACACCAGGACCUGCGCCCCCGUGGUCGGGGACGGCCAGUGGGGGCACCUGCAGGUGGACGCCACCUCGCUCUUCCUGCUCUUCCUGGCUCAGAUGACGGCGUCCGGUCUUCAUAUUGUCUACACGCAGGAUGAAGUGGACGUAGUGCAGAAUCUCAUGUUCUACAUCGAGGCGGCUUACAAAGUGGCCGAUUACGGGAUGUGGGAACGAGGGGACAAAACCAACCAGGGCAUCACCGAGAUCAACGCCAGCUCCAUCGGCACGGCCAAGGCAGCUCUGGAGGCUCUGGACGAGCUCAACCUCUUCGGAGCCAAAGGUGGACCUGGAUCGGUGGUCCACGCCCUGGCCGACGACAUCCAGCACUGCCAGUCCAUCCUGACCUCCAUGCUCCCAAGAGCAUCCAUCUCCAAAGAGGUGGAUGCCGGCGUCCUGGCCAUCAUCUCCUACCCCGCCUUCGCCGUGGAGGACAUGAACAUAGUCGACAUGACCAAGGAGGAGAUCAUCUCCAAGCUGCAGGGUCGUUACGGCUGCUGCAGGUUCCUCCGAGACGGGCACAAAACUCCAAAAGAGGACCCCAACCGUCUGUAUUACGAGUCCGCCGAGCUCAAGUUGUUUGAGAACAUCGAGUGCGAGUGGCCUCUGUUCUGGACCUACCUCAUCCUGGAUGGAAUUUUCAUCAACAGCCCCGAGCAGGUGCAGGAGUACAAGGACGCUCUGGAGGGCAUCUUGAUCAAGCGGAAGGACGGAAUACGACUGCUCCCCGAGCUUUACAGCGUCCCGCCGGACAAGGUGGAGGAGGAAUACGUGAAUCCGCACACUGUCGAGCGGAUUCCCAUGGGGAAGUGUCCCCUAAAGUGGGGACAGUCUCUUUACAUUCUGGGAAGGCUUUUAUCUGAGGGUUUUCUCGCUCCCGGAGAGAUCGACCCUCUGAACCGUCGCUUCUCCACCAUCCCCAAGCCCGACGUGGUGGUGCAAGUGUCCGUCCUGGCUGAGACGGAGGAGAUUAAAGAGCUGCUGCUGAAACACGACAUCCACGUGGAGACGGUGGCCGACAUCCAUCCCAUCCACGUGCAGCCUUCCAGGGUGCUCAGCCACAUCUACGCCCGACUCGGUCGGAACCCCAGACUGGGUUUGACGGGGCGGCCCUACAGGAGGAUCGGAGUGCUGGGAACCUCCAAGUUCUACAUCAUCAGGAACACCAUUUUCUCAUUCACGCCUCAGUUUCUGGACCACCAGCAGUUCUACCUGGCGCUGGACAACAAAAUGAUCGUGGAGAUGCUAAGGACGGAAAUUUCCUACUUGUCGUCCAGAUGGAGGAUGACGGGAAGACCCACCGUCACGUUCCCCAUCUCGCAGACGAUGCUGACUGAGGACCACGCUAACCUGGACCCCGCUGUGCUGGGCACCCUGAAGAAACUACAGGACGGCUACUACGGAGGAGCAAGGAUCCAGACUGGAAAGCUUUCGGAAUUCCUGACCACUUCGUGUUUCGCUCACCUCAGCUUCUUGGAUGGUAAGGCCUCAGGCAGCACGGGCAGCCGUGCCGAGGACGAGUUUGAUGAUGCUGACGGCGAGGGAUACGUGCAUGAGUUGGGCUGUGACGACGAGGCCGAUGACCUCGCUCAGUACCUGGACCACCUCUUGGCCCACGCGGCCCCCAAGGAGCUCAAAACGAAGUUGGGAGGGCUGGGGAAGUUCAAGGAGGCCGCCACCAAAACAAAAGAGAUGGUGACCCUGAGGAACAAGGCCCAGGAUCUCAACGUGCAAGAAGUCAACAUGUACCUGCCCAAUAAACUGUUUCGCUCUCAUCAACCGUCCCUCAACCUGAACCUUCCGGACUCUUCCGCACCGCCAGACAGUCAGGUCCCGGAGGUGACGGUGACGCCCGAGAGCGGCGUGCCGCGGGACGCCGGCGGAGCCGUGGAUCACCGCGCUCUGGCGCGCCUGCUGAAAGACACGCAAAAUCUGCACGACCAAGCCGACAUCCUCUACAUCCUCUUCAAGGACAAGGGCAUGGACUGGGACACUGGCCUGCACAGCAAAGGCAUCACGGUGCGUUCGUUGCUCACAGACCUGUACGAGAAGGCCGGCGAGCUGAAGAACUGGGGGCUCAUCAGGAUGAUCUCUGGCAUGUUGAGGAAGAAGGUGGAGGAGCUGGACUCGGCCUGCUCCGAUUUGCUGGCCCACCAGAAGCACCUGACGGUGGGUCUGCCCCCGGAGCCCAGAGAGAAAACCAUCACGGCUCCCAUCCCCCUGGACCAGCUGGCGGCCAUCAUCGAAGAGGCCAGCGACAACAACAUCAGCGUGGCCAUUCUCACCCAGGAGAUCAUGGUGUACCUGGCCAUGAGCAUCAGGACGCAGCCCAACCUGUUCAGCGAGAUGUUCCGCCUCCGCAUCGGUCUCAUCAUCCAGGUCAUGGCCACGGAGCUGGCCCAGUCGCUCAACUGCUCCGGGGAGGAGGCCACUGAAAGUCUGAUGAGUCUGAGCCCCUCGGAGCUGAAGAAUCUCCUCCACCACAUCCUGAGCGGGAAGGAGUUCGGCGUGGAGCGGAGCGUGCGAGACGCCGACGGCGGUGUCAGUCCGGCCAUCUCCAUCCAUCACCUCGGGAACGUGGGCGCCACCAAGAGCGAGAGGGCGGGAAUCAGCAAGCUCAAGAGCGACAUGAAGAUGGCGGAUCGCAGAGUGUCUUUGACAGACGCAGUCAAGCCGGACCAGAGCGCGACGUCUGCCCGCAAGAGCCUCCGAUCUCACUCGCUGGACAUCGGCAACAUCGAGUCAGGGGUAAAGAUGUUUGUCUUGCGUGUCGUUAGCUGCACGUUGCGUCGAGGCUUACGGGGCAGCUGCUUCCUUUCUUGCUUUUCCUCGCCUCAGAGGUACAGACUUCCCUCCAUCGAGUCGCUGGACAUUCCGGAGAGCAGCUCAGUCGCCAAGGACACGAGACACGGUCAGUGGCUGCGCAGGAGGCGCCUGGACGGCUCGCUCAACCGCGUCCCCGUCGGCUUCUACCAGAAAGUCUGGAAGAUUCUGCAGAAAUGUCACGGCCUGUCCAUCGAGGGCUACGUCCUCCCGUCUUCCACCACCAGAGAGAUGACACCCGGUGAGAUCAAGUUCUCGCUCCACGUGGAGACGGUGCUGAACCGCGUCCCGCAGCCCGAGUACCGCCAGCUGCUGGUGGAGGCCAUCUUGGUGCUCACCAUGCUGUCCGACGUGGACAUUCCCAGUAUCGGCUCCGUCGUCCACGCCGAGAAGAUCGUACAGAUCGCCAACGACAUGUUCCGCAAAGAUCAGAGCGACCUGGGCGCAGACGAGCACAUGCUGGAGCGCGACCCGUCCACCGGAGUGUGCAGGCUGCUGUACGACAGCGCCCCCAGCGGGCGCUUUGGGAGCAUGACCUAUCUUACCAAGGCGGUGGCGGUCUACGUGCAGGACUUCCUGCCCGGCGGCGCGUGCGCUGUCCAGUGACAGGAUGCGACGCCGGCGCAUUUCAACUUUUAUUUAAUUCAGACUUCUUCAAUGAAGCGCAACAAACACGUGCCUUAAAUAUCGCCGAUAUAUUCAACUUUUAUCCCCCCCCAAAAAUAUUGAAGGCAGUAAUGUCUUGGUAAAAAUUUAAAGUACAAAACACAUUGAAAAGUCAAUUUUGCAUAAGAUCUCGCCUUUAACGAUGCUUCAAAAGUUGUUUUUCUCGACGUAUGUGAAGGCUGCAUUCUUUUAUUAUGCAUGACUGAUAAAAGUGCGGUUCCAUCAAAUAGUUUUCGAGUCAUAGUAUUAAUUAAUAAUUGUUGCUGCUGCCAGACUUUAUUUCAACUGAUUCAUUUCGUAUCGUUUGAGUAAAUCUUGUUGUGAGGCAAUAGAAUGAACCUUGUGACCAUUUGAGUUUCUCACCUUAACUACAUGUAUUCACAUGCUGAUGAUUUAUGAAAAUGGCUUGAGAGAAUCAGUAGCGCGAGCUUCCGAAACGCGGCACUUACCCGAUUGCUCGGUGAUGACGUCGGCGGGGGCGCUUCGACUCUGCUUCCUGCAAAGAACACAUCAUAAAUAAAUAUGCAAUACUUCAUCCUGUACAUAUGAACGCAUAUUGAAAUAUAAAGUCAUAAUGUAUUUGAAGUCCUAAUUAAGGAUGAUCGUGAUGUUUCUAAUCAUUUGUUUACGCAGGUGUGUGCUGUGUCCCUAAUAAAUCAAUAUUUUAAAAA